GGUCGGAACAAAUAUAUCACGACACACGGACGAUUUUUUUACGAUUGUGAGAGAACGCGAAAAAAAAUAAGUUCGCAGCCGUACUUCUCCGGACGACUGGACAAUCGAACUUGUACACUACGAAUAGACGAAUGUUUGUUUCAGGGCGUAUUGAAAGCAAAGAAACGACAAGUAAAUAUGUCGAAGAGAAAACCGAAAUGCUGCUAUUUUCCGGAAAUACCAACUCGCUGGCUUCUGUUCAUUGAAUUUGCUUUUAUGUUUGGAACAACUGUCAUAUACUUCGCUGAUAUCGUCACCGACAUUAUUACUCUCAGGAUGUAUUACAUGCGAGAGUGGUACUAUGCGUUUGGUUUGUCAAUUUGUUUUAUUGUCCUUCCAUCAAUACUAAUGGCUGUACUUGAAUACAACUUUCUAAAGAAAGCAUAUGGCAAAUCUGUUCCAUGGAAAAUGAUAGUGCUUCGAACUGCAUUAAAUAUACCAUUCCAAUUAACCAUUAUCUGGUACCACUGUCAACUGUCGUACAACUACCUUCGAAACUGGUUGGAUCAUAUCAGAGGAGUGGGUAAGAAUGAUAGAAGAACAGCAGCUGAAUGGUAUGAACCAACGACAUUGGAGCGAUCAAGAGGAGCUUCCUUAUCAAGCUUGAAUGAUAUAGAUAAUUACUGCAGAAAUGAUGACAAGAACAUAUCUGAACAAGGAAGCCAUUUAGUUUCCAAUACAAACCUUUCAAGAAGUAUGGGCUCUUUGGCGCCAGUCAGCGUUGAACAGGAAAAACCUGGGAAGUCAAACUGGUGGAAGAGACUUACUCGAGAACAGUGGCUUGCCCAUCUAAACAAACUCAAAUUGUCGGAGAGUAUGCUUGAAUCUCUACCACAGCUGUUAAUUAAUCUGUAUUUGAUCGCUUAUUACCAAGAAACCCAUGUAAUUCAAUACAUAUCUGCUGUGUUGUCAUACAUAUCAUUAUGUGGUGGAGUUGUUCGUUAUGACAAAACAAGAAAAGACAAUGAAGCUGAUCAAUGGAUGGUUGAUCGAACACUUUUACAUUCAAGAGCUUUUAAUACAAGACUGGAAUGGCCUCAACUUUUGUUCAUUACGAUUUAUAAAGGUAGUUUCCUGGCAGCAAGGAUCCUCGCCUUUGUAUUUUUUACUAUCUUCUUUUCAUGGUACAUUUUCAUUCCAAUUGUCAUCCACUGGUGUGUCUUCUUAUGCUACCAUAUCUUUCAAUGGUAUCCGGAUUUUAGCAAGGUAUCUCGGCAAUUACAACAAGCUGAUUAUAAAUAUCGAGCAUACAUCUUUCUUAGCCAUGAUUUCAUGUCUGUAUUCCAUGCAAGUCUGAUGUGUAUAUUUAUACACGUGAGGCCAUACUAUCAUGCAUUCUUGGACCAACCGUACUGCUUUAUGUUUUGGUUCUAUCUUGUGUAUGUUACUGAGAACGUUUUUCUAUUUCUAAUUCCUGGAAUUGUGUUAAAUUUGCAAGAAAAGGAUGAAAGCCUUAAUUUUUAUCAGUAUUAUGUGCUGCUGUCCACGGAAUUGAUUUUAAACAUCAUGGGUUGUAUUUUUUGUUCUACUUACUACCUGGCUGUGCAUAAAAUGCGAACAUACACAGCACAUGCUUACCCUGCUGCUUCUAAAAUUCUGUGUUGUUGCUGUUACGACAAUAAAGAUAUGGUUGAAGAAUGGCUUCCUGUUCGUCCAGAGUGGACAGUAUGCAAACAAGCAGAAACCAGUGAAAUAUUUUUCCUUACAAAAGAACAACUUAAGUCAUUUCAAGAAGUUUAUAACACGGUUGUGAGAAAUGAUCGGAAUAAAGGCCGUGCUGUGGAAUGUUUCAUAGAUGAUCGUUGUAAAAUAUUCUAUGCUCCACGAUCAAAGUUAAGGAAAGUCUCAACAUCUCAAGCACAACCUUUCCUAGUGAAACUGAACUCCGCAUCAAAUUUAUCACGACCUAAACCACAUGUUCCCCAAGUUGAUGUAAUUGUUGAAGAAGAGACACAUUUAAAAGAAUAUAAUGAAACUUCUGUGAUCAUACACAGUGAGGAAAUUGAUGCAGUUCAAACAGAAAUACCACAAAGAGAGUAUGCAGAACCUACAGAAGAGUAUUUAAAAGACAAACCGAAAGCUAAACCGAGAAGCAAAAGUAUGAAAUCAGGUCGUGUGUCUCCUGUAAGACCACCAAGGAAAAAGGAAAGAAGGGAAAAUAAUAUGCCGCAAAAAAUUAAAAAGUCUCAUGUAUUAGUUGCAUGUGACAAGAACACUGAUGUCUGCUUACAUUCUUCAGCUUCAGAAACUCCAGUGUUAAUGAGAAAGGCAUCUGGUGAGAUAUAUGAUGAAGUUGGAGAUGUUGAAGGGUGGCAACAAACUUGGAUUUAAAGAGAUAUUGCUAGUUUUCUAUAAUUCGAACAAUCAAAUGAAAUUUUAGCAUACAUAUAUGCAUUUUAUAUUUUUAUAAGUUUUUAUAAUCAUGUUGCAUAUUUUUACCUAGUUGCCUGCUCACAUUCUAACACGAAUGUAUUUGUAUUUUUGUGCACAAUACAAACGAUUUAUUCAAAA